GCGCUAAGCUUCCGCUAUCACUACUCUGGGCCGUUCCUGCUCGGUGACUCAGGGACCAGUCUGGCACGGCCACCGCUGGGUCCCCAGCAUUAAGCCCCGGAGCAUGAGCCCAGUGAACUUUGAAUUCAGGAAGGAAUUCACAGGAAAGCUGCGGGGAGGCGGGCAGAAAACCACAGGCUUCCAAGAAACGCGUGUCUGCCGCCCCCUCCUCCCACCCUGAGACCAGUCCAAUGGAGAAGGCCCUCCUCGGACUUCGUCACCAAGCCCACGGGAAGGGUGAAAGGGGCUCAGCGAGCAGGCGCCCCACCCCGCCAGGUUCUGUUGGAGACCAGGCUCGCGCAAGUCCCGCCUCUUCCCCCGGCACCAGGGGCGGGCCCAGGUGCGCCCAGGGCGGGGGAGUGGCCGCGCAGGUGCCGGCCCUUUGCGCCUGCGCCCUGCUCGCCCUGCCUAGCCAGGUGCGGCCCGCCCCCUGCCUGCCCUGCCACCUUCGGGAGCUGCUUCCAAAGGCGUUCGCCAUUGGCUCUGGCGACCCCCGUGCGUUGGGAGGUGUAGCGGGGCUCUGAACGCGCGGAGGACCGUUGAGUGUCGCAGGCGGCGAAAGUGCGAGUGAGGAGCAGACCCAGGCAUCGCGCGCCGAGAAGGCCGGGUGUCCCCGCACCGAAGGUCCGGAAAGGCGACUUCCGGGGGCUUCGGCACCUGGCGGACCCUCGCGUGAGCGCCGGCACCUGAACGCGAGGCGCUCCAGUGCGCGUGCGCGGCGAGGGGCUUCCGGCACCUGAUCGCGAGACCCCAACGGCUGGCUGCUUGUGGCGUCGCCUGCGCGUCUCGGCGGAGCAGGCAAUGGCGCAGCUGUGCGGGCUGAGGCGGGGCCGGGCGCUUCUCGCCCUGCUGGGAUCGCUGCUCCUCUCUGGGGUCCUGGCGGCCGACCGAGAACGCAGCAUCCACGACUUUUGUCUAGUGUCGAAGGUGGUGGGCAGAUGCCGGGCCUCCAUGCCUAGGUGGUGGUACAAUGUCACUGAUGGAUCCUGCCAGCUGUUUGUGUAUGGGGGCUGUGAUGGAAACAGCAAUAAUUACAUGAGCAAGGAGGAGUGCCUCAAGAAAUGUGCCGCUGUUACAGAGAAUGCCACAGGUGACCUGGCCACCAGCAGGAAUGCAGCAGAUUCCUCUGUCCCAAGUGUUCCUAGAAGGCAGGAUUCUGAUGACCACUCCAGCGAUAUGUUCAACUAUGAAGAAUACUGUGCCGCCAAGGCAGUCACUGGACCUUGCCGUGCGUCCUUCCCACGCUGGUACUUUGACGUGGAGAGGAAUUCCUGCAAUAACUUCAUCUAUGGAGGCUGCCGGGGCAAUAAGAACAGCUACCGCUCUGAGGAGGCCUGCAUGCUCCGCUGCUUCCGCCAGCAGGAGAAUCCUUCCCUGCCCCUUGGCUCAAAGGUGGUGGUUCUGGCGGGGCUGUUCGUGAUGGUGUUGAUCCUCUUCCUGGGAGCCUCCAUGGUCUACCUGAUCCGGGUGGCGCGGAGGAACCAGGAGCGUGCCCUGCGCACUGUCUGGAGCUCCGGAGAUGACAAGGAGCAGCUGGUGAAGAACACAUAUGUCCUGUGACCGCCCUGUCACCAAGAGGACUGGGGAAGGAAGGGGAGACUAUGUGCGUGCUUUUUUUAAAUAGAGCGAUUGACUUGGAUUUGUGCGAUCAUUAGGACUGAGGUCUGUUUCUCUGGGAGGUAGGACGGCUGCUUCCUGGUCUGGCAGGGGUGGGUUUGCUUUGGAAAUCCCCUAGGAGGCUCGUCCUCGCAUGGCCGGUGGUCUGGCAGCAGCCCCGAGUUGUUUCCUCGCUGAUAGAUUUCUUCCCUCCAGGUAGAGUUUUCUUUGCUUAUAUUGAAUUCCAUUGCCUGUUUUCUCAUCACAAAAGUGAUGUUAGAACCAUUUCUUUUGUUUGUCUGAUUUAUGGGUUUUUUAAGUAUAAACGAAUGUUUUUUAUUAGCAUUCUGAAAGAAGGAAAGUAAAAUGUACAAGUUUAAUAAAAGGGGAUCUUCCCCUUUAAAAUAAAUUUCAGCAUGUACUUUC